UUUAUAGCACCCGCGCGGCCAGAAAAGGGCGGAGGCGCAGGCGCCGACUAGCUCCUCGCCCGCCGGAGCUGCUCGGUGCUCUCUGCUCUCUCGCCUGUCUGCCUGGUGUGUGCACCACGAUGUCCCUGGUGGCACUGCCCUUCUACCAGAAGAGACACCGGCACCUGGAUCAGUCGUAUCGCAAUACCCGCACAAGGUACCUUCUGGAUGAAUAUGCAUCGAAAAGGGGCACUUCGAUCCAGGCGUCCUCCCAGAGGUCUCUUUCUCAGCGCUCGUCCUCGCAGAGGGCCGCCAGCCAGACGCCGCGGGGGGGCACCACGUGCAGGAUCUGUGCCAAGCGGAUGAGCGCGCAGGAGGAGGAGCAGCGUGAAAAUGAAACCCUGAAAAGGUACCAGUCCCUGGAGGCCGCAUACGGUGAGACCAAGCGCCAGCGCUUCCUGCACGAGCUGGCGCAGAUGGAGGAGAACGUGCAGCUAGCGCGGUCCCAGGCGCGCGACAAGCUGGACAAAUAUGCGCUUCUGGAGAUGGUGGAGGACAGGAUGGCCUGGGAGCGGCCCUCGUACCUGGAGCGCAUGCGCCGCGCCCCCGAGAUCCUGGUCCGGCUGCGGUCCCACACCGUCUGGGAGCGGAUGUCCGUGAAGCUGUGCUUCACCGUGCAGGGCUUCCCCAAGCCCGUGGUGCAGUGGUACAAGGACGGCAGCCUGAUCUGCCAGGCCGCGGAGCCGGGCAAGUACAGGAUCGACAGCAACUAUGGCGUGCACACACUGGAGAUUAACAGGGCGGACUUUGACGACACGGCGACCUACUCAGCAGUGGCCACCAACGCCUAUGGCCAGGUGUCCACCAACGCCUCGGUGGUGGUGAGACGUUUCCGGGAUGACGAGGAGCCCUUCCGCUCUGUGAGACUCCCCAUCGGACCGCCCUUCUCCUCCCUGGUCCCGUACACACACUUCGACGUGCAGUUCUUGGAGAGAUUUGGGGUCACCUUCCGAAGAGAAGGCGAGACGGUCACCCUCAAGUGCACGCUGCUGGUGACGCCAGACCUGAAGCGGGUGCAGCCGCGGGCUGAGUGGUACCGGGACGACGUGCUGGUGCGAGAGUCCAAGUGGGCCAGGAUGUUCUUCGGGGAGGGCCAGGCCUCCCUGUCCUUCAGCCACCUGAACAAGGACGACGAGGGGCUCUACACGCUGAGGGUCGUGUCGCGGGGCGGCGUCAGCGAGCACAGCGCCUUCUUGUUCGUGAGAGACGCGGACCCGCUGGUCACAGGGGCCCCGGGAGCGCCCAUGGACCUGCAGUGCCACGACGCCAACCGCGACUACGUCAUCGUCACCUGGAAGCCCCCCAACACCACCACCGAGAGCCCCGUCAUCGGCUACUUCAUCGACCGCUGCGAAGUGGGAACCGACAACUGGGUUCAGUGCAACGACGCCCCUGUGAAAAUCUGCAAGUACCCCGUGACGGGGCUCUGUGAAGGGAGGUCUUACGUGUUUCGAGUCAGGGCUGUGAACAGUGCGGGCGUCAGCCGGCCCUCCAGGGUCUCAGACGCCGUUGCCGCCCUGGAUCCUGGCGACCUCAAGAGGUUGCAAGCCAUUCACUUGGAGGGAGAGAAAGACAUCGUCGUCUGUCAAGGCGACCUUGAAGGUGAAGUCCAGAUCCCGGGCCCCCCCACCAACGUGCACGCCUCGGAGAUCAGCAGGAACUACGUGGUCCUCAGCUGGGACCCGCCGGUCCCCCGAGGCAGGGACCCGCUGACCUACUUCAUCGAGAAGUCGGUGGUGGGCAGCGGCGCCUGGCAGAGGGAGAACGCCCAGACCGCCGUGCGGUCCCCGCGCUACGCCGUCUUCGACCUCGCCGACGGGAAAUCCUACGUGUUCCGCGUGCUGUCCGCAAGCAAGCACGGCCUGAGCGACCCGUCGGAAGUCACGUCCCCCAUUCAGGCCCAGGACACAAUCGUGGCUCCUUCUGCCCCCGGCCGCGUCCUGGCUUCCCGGAACACCAAGACGUCGGUCGUGGUGCAGUGGGACAAGCCCAAGCACGCGGAGGACCUGCUGGGGUACUACGUGGACUGCUGCGUGGCCGGCACCAACCUCUGGGAGCCCUGCAACCACAAGCCCAUCAAGUACAACAGGUUCGUGGUCCAUGGCCUGACCACCGGUGAACAGUACAUCUUCCGGGUGAAGGCGGUCAACGCCGUGGGCGCCAGCGAGAACUCCCAGGAGUCUGAUGCCAUCCGGGUCCAGGCUGCGCUGACCACGCCAUCCCACCCUUACGGGAUCACGCUCCUGAACUGCGACGGCCACGCCAUGACGCUGGGCUGGAAGGUGCCCAAGUUCAGCGGCGGCGCAGCCAUCCUGGGCUACUACAUCGACAAGCGCGAGGUCCAGCACACCAACUGGCACGAGGCCAACCCGUCGCCCGUCAAGGACACCGUCUUCACGGUGGAAGGGCUGAUGGAAGGCUCGCUUUAUGAGUUCAAAAUCGCUGCCGCCAACCUGGCCGGCAUCGGGGAGCCCUCAGACCCCAGCGAGCACUUCAAGUGCCAGGCCUGGACCAUGCCCGAGCCGGGUCCUGCCUACGACCUGACGUUCUGCGAGGUCCGGGACUCCUCCCUGGUCCUGCUGUGGAAGGCCCCGGUGUACUCCGGCAGCAGCCCUGUGUCCGGGUACUUCGUGGACUUUAAGGAAGAGGAUGCCGGAGAGUGGCUCACCGUGAACCAGACGGCGACUGCAAACCGCUACUUGAAGGCCAGCGACCUGCAGCGAGGCAGGACCUACGUCUUCCGGGUGCGCGCGGUGAACGCCAGCGGCGUGGGGGGCCCGUCGGACACGUCGGAGCCGGUGCUCGUGGAGGCCAGGCCAGGCACCAAGGAAAUCAGCGCCGGGGUUGACGAAGACGGCAACAUCUACCUGGCAUUCGACUGCCCGGAGGUGACCGACGCCUCCCAGUUCACCUGGUGCAAAUCCUACCAGGAGAUCUCGGACGAGGGGAGGUUCCGCGUGGAGACCGCCGCGGACCACUCGAAGCUGUACUUUAAGAGCCCAGACAAGGAGGACCUGGGCACCUACUCCGUGUCCGUGAGUGACACCGAUGGCGUCUCGUCCAGCUUCGCUCUGGACGCAGAAGAGCUGGAACGUUUGAUGCUCUUGAGCAACGAAAUCAAGAAUCCCACGAUCCCUCUGAAAUCGGAAUUAGCUUAUGAGAUUUUUGAUAAGGGCCAGGUCCGCUUCUGGCUGCAGGCAGAGCACCUAUCUCCGGACGCCAGCUACCGAUUCAUCAUUAACGACAGAGAAGUCUCCGACAGCGAGGCGCACAGAAUUAAAUGUGACAAGGCCACCGGAGUUAUCGAGAUGGUCAUGGAUCGGUUUACUAUCGAGAACGAGGGUACCUACACCGUGCAGAUUCACGACGGGAAAGCCAAGAGCCAGUCUUCCCUGGUUCUCAUCGGGGACGCAUUCAGGACCGUCCUAGAUGAGGCUGAAUUUCAAAGAAAAGAAUUUCUCAGGAAACAAGGCCCCCAUUUUGCCGAGUAUUUGCACUGGGAAGUCACAGAGGAGUGUGCAGUGAGACUUGUCUGCAAGGUUGCAAAUACCAAGAGAGAAACAGUUUUCAAAUGGCUCAAGGACGAUGUUCUCUACGAAACAGACAAAGUGCCUGACUUGGAGAAAGGGGUCUGUGAGCUCCUUAUACCAAAGCUGUCAAAGAAGGACCAUGGUGAAUACAAGGCCACCUUGAAGGAUGAGAGAGGCCAGGACGCUUCUGUCCUCGAAAUUGCUGGCAAAGUGUAUGAGGAUAUCAUUUUGGCAAUGAGUAGAGUCUGCGGAAUGUCUGCUUCUCCACUGAAGGUGCUCUGCACCCCGGAAGGAAUAAGACUCCAGUGUUUUAUGAAGUACUUCACAGAGGAAAUGAAGGUGAAUUGGUAUCACAAAGAUGCCAAGAUUCCGUCCAGCGAGCACAUGCGGAUAGGAGGCAGCGAGGAGAUGGCCUGGCUGCAGAUCUGCGAGCCCACGGAGAAGGACAAGGGGAAAUACACCUUUGAGAUUUUUGACGGCAAAAGCAAUCACCAGCGCUCGCUGGACCUGUCUGGGCAAGCUUUUGAUGAAGCAUUUGCAGAAUUCCAGCAACUCAAGGCUGCUGCUUUUGCAGAGAAGAAUCGCGGCAGGGUGGUUGGCGGUUUGCCUGACGUGGUGACCAUCAUGGAAGGAAAGACCUUGAACCUGACCUGCACGGUGUUCGGAAGCCCUGACCCAGAGGUGGUCUGGUUCAAGAACGACCAGGACAUUCUGCUGAGCGACCAUUUCUCGGUGAAGGUGGAGCAGGCCAAGUUUGUCAGCAUGACCAUCAAGGGCGUGACCUCCGAAGACUCUGGCAAGUACAGCAUGAGCGUUAAGAACAAGUACGGCGGCGAGAAGAUUGAUGUCACCGUCAGCGUGUACAAGCACGGGGAGAAGAUCCCCGAGGUGGCCCUGCCCCAGCAGGCAAAACCCAAGCUCAUCCCGGCCUCCGCCUCCUCUCCAGCUGAAUAAAAGUAUUUCUUUCCCUAGCCUGGAGAUAGAAAUUUUAAAAGUCCCAGGAAUGCUGUGUGCUUGUUCCCGAUGUGUGGCCCUGACCAGCGUGACCUCGUGUGCGGGCAGGUGGUUGCUUAGAUAUUACGCUUUUAAAUUUUUGCAUUUGGUGAUUGUUAUUUUAUGUCUGCUUACGGGGAAAAGACCAUAUUUUGCACAAGACUAAACGACUUUCGUGCAUAGGAGGGUGAACGGCAGAUACUUGGAGGCGAGCGGUUUGCAGACGGUGCCAACGUUUCCGUGGGCCCAGGUGUGUGUAGCGUGUGGCGGUCUGCAGAAGUUGCGGUUCUGCUGCGAUUGAGCUCUUUGGGGGCUGCAGCAUCUAGCAGCUCUGAAAUUCUCGUGGUGGAGCCUUUGAAGCAUGUGCUACCUGGUUGCACUCUGUUUUCUCUUGCUUCUGGCUAAUAAAACUCUUAAAAGGCA